UUCCGAGUCCGAUUAACACUACACUAACCUACACUGCACCCAACACCGGUCCGCACCACAUCGCCCCACUUUCUCUCUCUACCUCAACAAUGGAUCCUUUCUCCUCCGCCACGAUCGCGCGCCAGACCUGGGAGCUCGAGAACAACAUCGUCGCCGCCACCGACGCCGCCGACUCUUCCGCCUCCGACGCAAUAUUUUACUACGAUGAGGCGGCGCAGGCCAAGUUCCAGCAGGAGAAGCCCUGGGCAAACGACCCUCACUACUUCAAGCGCGUCAAAAUCUCCGCGCUCGCGCUUCUCAAGAUGGUCGUUCACGCGCGCUCCGGCGGAACGAUAGAGGUCAUGGGGCUUAUGCAGGGGAAGACCGACGGGGACGCGAUUAUCGUGAUGGACGCCUUCGCACUCCCCGUCGAAGGUACCGAGACUAGGGUUAAUGCGCAGGCCGACGCCUAUGAGUACAUGGUUGAUUACUCGCAGACUAACAAACAGGCUGGUCGCUUGGAGAAUGUGGUAGGAUGGUAUCAUUCGCAUCCAGGUUACGGAUGUUGGCUUUCUGGUAUUGAUGUUACCACACAAAUGCUUAACCAGCAAUACCAGGAGCCCUUCCUGGCAGUUGUCAUUGAUCCAACAAGAACUGUUUCUGCUGGGAAAGUUGAUAUAGGUGCUUUCAGGACAUACCCGGAAGGGUACAAGCCUCCGGAUGAGCCUGUCUCCGAGUACCAGACUAUCCCAUUGAACAAAAUUGAGGACUUCGGUGUUCACUGCAAACAGUAUUAUGCAUUGGAUAUUACAUAUUUUAAGUCAUCUCUUGAUUGUCAUCUCUUGGAUCUUCUGUGGAAUAAGUAUUGGGUUAAUACCCUUUCUUCUUCUCCUUUACUGGGUAACGGCGACUAUGUUGCUGGACAAAUAUCUGAUUUAGCUGAAAAAAUUGAGCAAGCUGAGAAUCAGUUGUCUCAUUCACGCUUUGGGUCCUUGAUAACAGCUCCUCAAAGGAAGAAAGAGGAAGAAUCUCAACUCACCAAGAUUACUCGUGACAGCGCCAAGAUAACUGUCGAGCAAGUUCAUGGAUUGAUGUCACAGGUCAUCAAGGAUAUUCUUUUCAAUUCCGUUAGGCAAUCCAGCAAACCUCAGCUCGCUGAGUCAUCUGACCCCGAGCCUAUGGUUGAAACCUGAGAUAGCAUGGUAAUGAAGACCUUCUAUAUCUGGCGGCAUGGUUAUUUGAAAUUGCUCUGUCCAGGAUGUUGUUGGUUUUCGUGGUACCGGACCAGACUUUGUCGAACAGAGGGUUGAAUAUCAAGAAAAGUGUGUUUUGAGGGUGGGGGUGGGGGGUGAAGGAUGUGUUCCAUUCCAUGAUUGCACUUUCUUUCCAUAACUUUGUUAUUUGUCCAUUCUAUUCUGUUAUUACCUCUCCCUGUGGAUUACUGACUGACCUUUGACAGCAGCAGCAUAGUGUGAGGAUGGAUGAAAAGGCAAAUUUAUUAGAAGGGGAUUAUGAUUUAUGUCUAGAGACAGAGUAGAGUCUAUUCAUUCCCCUAAAGUCCCAAGCCUGCUGCUGCUGCUUUUCAGUUGUAAUUCAGUUUUGUAGAUGAGCGGAUGCUUGCCCAUUCAUAUUUAGGAGGAACCCUUUGGCUUUGUUUGGUCCACAGACAUUUCAAAAUCCAAUCUUUUUUCCCAA